UAAAUAAAUUAAAUAAAUUAAAUAAAAUAAAUAAAAAGAGAAAUAAUGGUGACCCCACCCCCACAAAUAGAUCUCUCUAUAAUACUCUGGGGAAUGUGUUUAUAAAUAUAGGAAUAGGAAUUGGAAAUAAGUGUUCUGACUUUUAACAUGGUAUGUCUUUGGAUUUAAUGUGUUUUCCAGAUCCAUUAAUCAUUUUUCUUUUUUUUUUAAUCUAAAUGUUUAAUGUAAAACAGCUCUGUCUUAUCUGUCAUAUAUAAUUCUCCUCUAAUAUAAAAGCCUUACACAGUUUAUCUGUGAUAUCAGUGUCUGACUAUUUGCCAACACGUGGUGGUUUCCAGAAGAGAUGAAAACAUCACAUAAAAUAACUGUUGCCAUAACAACCACUCUCCUCCUCCUCCUCCUCUUCUUUCUCCAUCCCUCUGCAGCGUCACGCCCUCUCUCCUCCUCUUCCUCCUCCUCCUCCUCCUGUAUGCACCUCCCUCCCCCAGCCUUCACCCAUUCCAAAGACUGAUGAGCGUGGCAUCCUUCCACUGACACACCAUGUCAUUUCUGGAGAUUACUGAUUGGUUUUUCUUUUCCUCCUCUGUGUGUGUUUUCCCUUCCUGCUUUUCUUCAUCUUGACGUCUCACUCAGCGUCUCCAGGAGGAAUAUGCGGCUCUCCAAAGGACAUUUCCUUCUUGAAGGCAAUAAGAAGAAGGAGACGUGAGAUUUUUUGUCUGUUUUUUUUUUUCUUCCUGUGUCCUGCUCUGAUCCUAAACAUCUCUCCGAAGUGUCUCCGGUGUUCCAGAGGAGCGACGUCCAGCAUCUGACCCAUCAUCAUCAUCAGCAGGACGAGACUGUUCAGGGAGAGCAGGGAGGCAGGAUUAGCUUUUAAAAAAAGAGGUGACAGGUAAAAGGAUGCAGAUGUGCUGCGUUUAGAGGAUUUAUUUCUUUUUAAAAAGAGAACGGAUUUUAUGCAUUUUUAGCAAACUGAUUCCAGACUGUAUUCUCUUGUGUGAUCACCCUUUUUUUAGCCUCCAAAUACGCACAGAUGGUGCAGACAGUGGUGUAAAUAAACCCCCACUGAUCUGUUCAGACCGGAGUCAUGUGCUGCUGCUGCUGGUGACCCCAUCUGAGCACCUGUGUUGUUGCAGCCAAGUCUGUGAGCACAGACAGCAGCUAUACAAGCAAAAAAACCACAUGGCUUCACUGAUGUGCACCAACAGCAGUAGCUGAUCUCACAUGAAUAAGUAAACUCUGCCCAAGAUCGCUUACUACAGCGUCACCUGAAGAGAUAUGUGGUUGUGAAGCUGCAAUUUGGACUGUAGAAAGAAAACAAUAUCACCGAUGUGAGGCAAUAACACUAAAAGCCAAAGAGAGGUGGAAACGAGCGAGAGAGGAUACUUCACACUGCUUCCAUUUGCUACUCAGACUGUCCUUUUAGGUCAUCUAUCUGCAGUCUCACAUGAUGUGAAAGUGCAGCUGAAAUUGUUUCCUGUCAAAGGCAUUCAUGCACGCAACUUUUCCACAUAUUAACAGAACUUUCAACUGCACAAUCACGCUUUAACUCUCUCACACGCUGUCUUCCUCCUAAAAGUCUUCCAGUAGCUUUUAGGGUUAAUCGCUGACAGUGCCGUUUAUCGGCCAGUCUUGGCAGCGUGUGCUGUGCAUUAUUCGGUGCACACGGUCUCAGUGUUCAGCUAAGCAGGCCUCGGGGUGUGCCACACAGUAUAAAUAGUUGAACAAAAGCCCUUUUGGUUGCUGACAAGAGGCCGAAACCUGAAACUCUGGAGUGAUUCCUCCCUCUGGUAACUCUACCCGCUCACACACACACACACAAACACACAGAGAGGCUGGACUAAAUGGAGUGAUUUGGAUCCAGAGAGGGCGAAGAGACGAGGCAUCAGGGCACACGCCUCCCACAACGCUGCUGCUGCUGCUGUCAGGUUUUUCAGGUGCUCAAGAAGACCAGAUCAGCAAGAAGAAGACCCACCCACCCCUCCUUCCAGCCCUUGUAUGAGCUGGAAAAAAAAGGAGAAGAAGAAGAAGACACCCUGGCAUCUUAGAGGUUUUCACCACCAAGCUGGGAAAAGCUGCUGUAUAGAUCUGUCCUGUGUCUCCCAAUCUGAAGUGUGUCUGUGUGUGUGUGUGUGUGUGUGUGUGUGUGCGUGCGUGGUGUGUUUUGAAGCCGCUGGAGGCCACCACCAGUCUUCUUUCUCCUGUCAGGAUGUCUGCAGUACAAGAGCUGCUGCUGCUACCUCUGGCCCUCCUGGCACUUCAAGCGUCUCUGUGCCAUGGAGCCUGCGUGGAGGUGGACUCAGACACAGAAGCCGUGGUCAACAAAGGCUUCAAACUGGGCUGCAUCUCCUGUAAGAUGAGGGGCGAGGUGAAGGCCACGGCCCAGGUCAACUGGUACUUCAAGGCUUCAAAUGAGACUAACUUCACCCUUAUAUACAACUAUGAAAAUAAAAACUCUUCUGUCAUCGACCCACGCUUCGAAAAGCGUCUUGACUGGAACGGAAGCAAGGACACUGUCGACAUACAGGACGGCUCCAUCUACAUCCUCAAUGUGAGCUUCGAUGACAUGGGGACCUACAGGUGCUUCUUCGACCGCACCCUCAAGUAUCUGCACCCUCAAAUACCCGACUACGAGUAUCCAACCCGAACCAACAAGACUUUCAUCCUGAGAGUGGUGCCACAACUCACCAGGGGACUGGCAUCCAUCUUGUCUGAGGUGAUGAUGUAUGUCUCCAUCAUCGGGCUGCAGGUGUGGCUCGUGAUUGAGAUGAUUUACUGCUACAGGAAGAUCGCAGCCGCAGGAGAGGAAGCUCUGAGAGAGAGCGCGGCGGAGUAUUUAGCUAUAGCAUCGGAAAGUAAAGAUAAUUGUGCAAGUGUACAAGUGGCAGAAUAGCACCGGUCAAGGAGGAGUUCAAGAUUGCUUCCUUGAGGAAUCUCACAUUCCUACGUCGAGGCCCUCUCCUCUCACCGUCACUCACAUCCCGCCAUCCUCUUCACAUGAUGGAAAAAUCGAACCAAAGAGAGGAGGAAGAUCUUCAUAGAAAGUUUUUUCGAGUGACUUUCUGCAAAACGUUGGAAAGGACUGAACUGUAUCCUGUUCUGAGGGACAGGAGGACAACGGGACAGAGAGAGGGUUGAACUGUAUAUAGGUGUAUACAUAUACGCACAGAUAAUCUUAUAUAUACUGUAGAUAUUAUAUUGUAUAUCAACUAUAUCUGCAUGCUUAUGAGCUAAUCCAAACGACCAGCAUCAUGCUUCUGAUGUUCAGUCAUGUUUUUAUCAGUUAUAUUAAGUUUCAUUUCACACAGCGUGUUGGCGUUUGACCGAUACCGGUUUUAUAAAACCGACUUUUAACUGAACCUGUGUCAGUGUUUCCUCUGUGGGUUUACACACGCUGUGUAAAUACUAGUAAAGACUAAAUUUGACCGCAGAUUUUCUUGCUGUUGUGACGUAACGCUACUAGAAGGCACGGAGGAAACACUUUUGCAACAGCGGAUAUUAAAUGUUUCAUUUUGAUCAGUUUUAAUGCCAAAAAAAAGUAUUUUUUUGCAGAAUUUCAUCAAAAUCUCUCUCAGAAAACAAACUUCAGGCCAAAAUUGGACCCAAUAAAUGAAAAAUACAAACGUAAUAGGAGGUCCAUCAUAUCAGAAGUGGCCGCAUCAGGCCAAUAUUAAACUUUAAGGACACUCAUCGACAUUUAAUUAGCUUGAUAAAUUGAGAAACCAAAAAUCAACGGUCCGACUGACAGCUUAUCCAACCCUUUUAUAUGUGACGUCUCACCCGUCUUUUAUGGUAUCAAAAAACUAGUUAAAACCAAAUUUAUCACAAUUACGAACACUUCAACGUACAUCAACGUGAAAAGAACUAUCUAAAAUGACAGAAACUGUCUUUGGGAAAAAUGUAUUUUUAAUAAUUGUUUUAAAUUAGUUUAUUUUUUUUUCUUAGCAACGCAAUU